AUGCUAAUUAAAGACGAAUACGAUCUCAUUAUAGUUGGUGCUGGUAUUCUUGGCUGUGCUGCUGCCGUAGCGUUCGGGAAACAGGAGCGAAACGUCUUACUUAUAGAAAGGGAUUUGAAUGAGCCGGACCGUAUAGUCGGUGAACUUCUUCAACCGGGAGGCGUUAUAGCACUUGAAAAACUCGGUCUUGCAGAAUGUCUCGAGAAUAUUGACUCAAUCUCUUGUCAUGGUUACGUUGUCUUUCGUGAUGGCCAGUAUGUUCAGAUUCCUUAUCCCGACCGCUCUGAUGGACAGCCUGGAAGAGGACGUUCAUUUCACCACGGUCGUUUCGUUAUGAAUUUGCGAAAAGCAGCUGCAGCCGAAUCGAAUGUCACAAUUUAUGAGGGUAUAGCUAAUGAAGUAAUUUUAUGUCCAAUAACUGACCGUGCUAUAGGAGUUUCCUGCUCCAAGAAAGGGGAAAGUGAAGUCACCAUUAAUUUCUUUGCACCAUUGACGAUUAUUGCGGAUGGAUGUUUUUCCAAGUUUAGGAAAGAAUUUAUACCCAAACAAGUCACCGUGAAAUCGAAUUUUGUUGGUUUUGUAAUGACAGAUUCUCAACUUCCUUAUCAAAAUUAUGGACAUGUAGCGCUCGGUAAAAUUUCACCUAUAUUAAUGUAUCAGAUAAGCACAGAACAUGCAAGAGUCUUGGUUGACGUUCCCGGAAAAUUACCAAGUAACGGAACUGGUGCUUUGAAGAAAUAUCUCGAAGAAGUCGUAUUACCUGAUAUCCCCAAGUCAUUGCAGACAAAAUUCUACGAGGCUUUGAAAACAGAAAGAUUGCGCUCGAUGCCAAACAGCUUUCUUCCUCCAUCUACAAAUGUCAAUGAAGGGCUAAUUCUUUUAGGCGAUGCAAUGAACAUGCGUCAUCCUCUUACCGGGGGAGGAAUGACUGUCGCGUUCAAUGAUGUAGUAACUCUUUCCGAACUACUUCAUCCCUCGCAAAUUCCUGAUUUUUCUGAUACCGGUCUUAUUCUGUCAAAAAUGCAAACUUUUCAUUGGCGUCGAAAGGAAUACUGCAGUGUAAUUAAUAUACUCGCUCAAGCACUCUACACACUAUUUAGUGCAAAUGAUGAAAAUCUACGCGUUCUAAGAGAGGGCUGUUUCGAAUACUUCCUGUUGGGCGGAAGAUGUAUAUCAGACCCAUGUGGUCUACUAUCUGGCUUAAGACCCAAACCAAUGAUUUUGAUUGGACACUUCUUUGCAGUUGCUGUUUACUCUAUUUAUUGUUUUUUUGCUCAAUCUUCAAUCCUGUCUAUUCCACAAAACAUCAUCAAAAGUUUUAUGGUCCUUUACACCGCCUGUUUGGUUAUUCUCCCGCUCCUUUGGACAGAAUGUCAACCCUGA